AAUUCCCACUGUUUAAUCAUAUUUGGCUAGCAAUUGCCAUUUUGCUAAAACGCCUUGUUUUAUGAUUAUUGUUGUUGAUUAUUUAACAUUGAGCCGUGACAGAAUGCUAAUUGCUCAUAGCAAUGAAGAUUAUAUGGUGUAUAGUCUCAUUCACGCUUGCUCCAUAUAGUCCAUAUACUCCCGAGACUCAACACGAGUCGAGUCUUUUUUUACUUAACCUCAACCAUUAAAUUAUUCGAAAGUCGUACGACUUGCGAUAAAUUUAUAAUUUCACAAAGAAUAAGGAAUACAAAAAUUUAGUAAUCAUGGCAGAGGCAAUGAAGCAGAAACUUGUAGAAAUGCUGAAGGGAAUUGAAAGAUACAAUCCAGAAAAUUUGUCAUUAUUACAAAAAUACGUAGAAAUUCAAGUUAAUGAGAAUGCUUAUGAUCUUGAUGCCAAUUUGGCUGUUCUAAAGUUAUACCAAUUAAACCCUCCACAAUUCGACAAAGAUGUUACUUGUCAAAUUCUUUUAAAAGCUUUAACAAACUUACCUCAUACUGACUUUGUGCUUUGCAAGUGUUUAUUGAAUGAGAGGAUUAUGCAAGAUCCAGAUAUUGCUAACAUUUUAUAUUUAGCUAAUAUGUUAGAAGGGUGCCAGUUCCAGUUGGCUUGGCAACAAAUAGACAAAAUGAACAAUAUUUGCUGUAGAAUUAUGGGAUUUAAUGAUUCUAUCAGAAAAUUUGUCUGCCACGUCGUCGGUAUAACAUUCCAAACAAUCAACGAGUCUCUUUUAGUUGAACUAUUAGGUGGAAAAUAUCAAGUUAAUGAAAAUGUAUUGAGUCAAUGGAUCAAGAAGUAUGGAUGGAGGAUGGAGGAACGUGCAGAGAGUGGUAACAUUAUUUUUAUUGCAAACCAAGAUGAAAAUAUUAAGACUAAGAACAUAACAGAAAAAAUUGAUUUUGAUAAUGUCGCUGGAUUGAUGGCUGCUUGUUUGUAAUUUAACAAAUUAAAAACAUUUUUAAAUGAAAUUUUUAUUUUCAUUUCAUAUGUGUCAUACAUAAAUUCUGAUGAUGUUGAUAUAAAUUUGUUAUCAUUCAAAUCACCUUAAAUUGGAAAAUAACAUCAAUUUUUUUACUGAAAAUCUAUUGAAAAAUUUCGUGUUUUACAAAUACACUUAUACAAAUCAUUAUAACAUAACAAACUUUACAAUAAAAUUAACAUUGAUAAAAUAUAUAUAUAUAUU